AUGUGUGAUAAUAUCAAUAAAGAUGAUAAUAUUGAUCAACAAAUAAUAUAUAGUCAAAAUCACGAAUUAUUUUUUGAUGAAAUAAAUAGAAAAUUAACAAGUCCAAUUAAAAAAGAAACCGAAUUUACUGAACAACAAAUAAAAAAAGUUCUUGAUGAUUAUGAAGAUAUAGAAUAUAAACAUGAAUACUUGAAAGAAAAAAUAGAUGUAUUACCUGAUUAUGGGUUUAAACGAUUGAUAUUAUUCUAUUAUUAUUAUAUCAAAAAUGAUACAUCUAAUGAAUUUAGAUUUUGGGCUUAUCAUAUUAGUGAAAUGUAUAGAAGUGAAGCAUAUAUUAGAACAUUCUUUAAUAUUAAUUAUACUAUUUUAAAUGAAUUUAUUAAUUUAGAAGAUCUUUCUUUACUUUUAUUAAUGACUAAAAUUGGAUUUGAUUAUAAUUUAUUUAAAGAUGAUUAA